AUGAGCCACCCUCAGGCCCCGCAGCAAGCUGGAGCGUCAGACCUGGAGGUCAUCUCCCAGCAGGUGGAGGAGGAAGGCCAGUGCAUUGCUCCAGUUCAACUGGUCAGCUUCGCUUACAGGGACCUCCCACUGGCAGCACUUGACAUCUCAUUGGCUGGUUCCCAGCUGCUCUCCAACCUGGAUGAAGAGGAUAACAGAGAGGGGUCUAACUGGCUGAAGCCCUGUUGUGGGAGAAGGGCAGCGCUUUGGCAGGUGUGCUUGCUCAGUGCCGGUUUUAACUGUUUCCUGGUGGCCUGUGUGAUCCUGGUUGUGGUUCUGCUGGCCCUGGAACUUCUCAUAGACACAAAGCUUCUACAGUUUACCAAUGCAUUCCAGUUUGCCAGUAUCAUCCACUGGAUCAGUCUGGUCAUUCUUUCUGUGUUCUUCACCGAGACUGUCUUCAGGAUUGUGGUUCUGGGGAUCUGGGAUUAUAUCGAGAACAAAGUUGAGGUGUUUGACGGUGCUGUCAUCGUCCUCUCUCUUGCCCCGAUGGUGGCUUCCACAGUCGCCAACGGCCCCAGUAGCCCCUGGGAUGCCAUCAGCCUCAUCAUUACCCUGAGAAUCUGGAGGGUUAAGAGAAUCAUCGACGCCUAUGUGUUGCAGGUGAAGGUGGAGAUGGAGUUGGAGAUGCAGCAGUAUGAAAAGGCCAAAGCCGUGAGGGAGGAGCAGCUGGAGCGACUAACUCAGAUCUGCCAGGAGCAGGCGUUUGAGAUCAGGCAGCUGCGAGCUCAUUUGGCACAGCAGGAUUUGGACCUGGCAGCAGAGAGGGAAGCUGCUAUGCAGAUCCACCAUGUAUGGGGCAAACAAAACAGCAGUUUCCAAGAGGUGGACGGCCUGGGGCCUGGUGGCUCGGACAGCGAAGCCCGCGGGAACACCAGAGAGCCUGGUCCUCCAGGAGAGCAUGUUGCUCAGGAUGACAUGAACAACUACAUAAGCCAGUACUACAGUGAGCCCAGUAGUGAUGUAGGAGUCCCAGAUCCUGCUGCCCGGGUCAUCACCACGGCAGCGAUAGACAUCCACUUGCCAAACAACCCCAGUCAGCUGCCUCCGUCUCUGGUGAGCAGGGAUGCGGUAGGCAGUUCAGUGAGUGAGGCGUCCACCACCAGCGUGUCUCGCUCCAGCUGCAGUUUCACUGCUCGCCAACACAGCGCAAGCAGCCAAACACUGGGCUCUACCACUGACUGCAGCUCCACAGUUAGGGAGGCCUCCACUUCCGACUACAGCUCCCAACGCUGCUGUCCCCCACCCUACUGCAGCCCCCUCACAUUGGGCACGGAUCCUGCCGUCGUUAAAGAGCUGCUCUCCUCACUCUCUGAGGACUCCUGUCUGGCCCAAAAGGGGCUUGUGGACCCAGUUAACCUGAAGCUGCCCAGCCCAGCAGGCUCAGUCAAGGCCAGCCCAGAACUGGAGCACAGAGUGAACAUUUACAACAAGCGUAACCAGGAGAGUCUGGGAGUGUUUCAGACCAAGCCGCUUAUCCACCUGCAGGGCACCGAAUCUUCUCUGGAGGAGAAGUACAGACUCAUGGAACCAGCCGAUGCUCCCCUCAGCCGCGUGCCUGACACAUAG